AUACCCCCAGAAGAGGAUUCAUGCUGUGUUGACAUAGGCUACAGGUGGUUGGUCGUGUUUGAGCGGCUGUUGGUUGUUUUCUCUGUGUGGUGGUGAGUUGAGGUGUGUUUAGUGUCAUGAUGAUGCUGCCUCUUGUUGUGACGAGCUUGGUGUGUGUACUACUGGGCUCCGGAUGGGCCCAGGACCAGGCUGUGGGGCAGGAUGGCGCUGCCACCCCCUGGAGACAAAUUAUCCAGUGGGAGAACAACGGCCGGAGGUUCAGCCUCCUCAACAGUGGAGCUGAGUACGUCCCUGCCGGAGCACAGGAACAGGAGAGAAGUCACAGAGUGGUGGUGGCUGACUCUCGCCCCCGAACCCCCCGCAGACCACAAGGUGGGAAUGUACGCAGGCAGGCCCCCUCCAGGGGAGGCUCGGAUACCGUGAGAGGACAGGCCAGACAUCCAUUUGGCUUCGGACAGGUGCCCGACAACUGGCGCCAGGGCACCGUGGGGACAGGCUCCACCAACCCCCGCUUCAGGCCAUCCACUGGGUCCUCUUCGUCAUCCUCAUCAUCCUUCUCAUCUUCCUACAACGUCCCUGUCCAACCCUACCCACAAUACCCCUUCCCUCAGCAGCCCUACCCCCUGCCCUAUGAUCCUAGUGUGGUGGAGGGAGCAGGUCGUGGCUACGCGGAGCCACCCUUCCAGAGGGCCACAGGUGGAGGCUAUGGUGCUGGUGGUGGAGGAUAUGGUGCUGGUGGUAGAGGAUACACUGGAGUCGGGUAUGGAACUGGUGCUGGUCUGGCACCUGUGGUUCCACGCUCCCCGCAGGACUAUGGUGAGGAUGGCUACCGUUACUACCAGUCCUAUGGCUACGGGCCCAACCCUGCCGUGCCUGCCGUGCCUGUUGUGCCAGCACGGGCUGCCCAGCCACCCUUUUCAGAUGGCCUGGACCGCAGAUACACACACAGCCUCUACAAUGGAGGAGAAGAUCCUGCUGCUGCUGCCGCUGCCGACACAGUGCCCGCUGCCCCGGACAGGACAGUGGCUGGCGCUCAGCCUCCAGUACGAAGCCCCCAGUACGAGCAGUUCCCCCCGUUCGGUAGACCUCAGGUGCAGCCACAGCCUCCCUUCCACCAGCCUGUGGUGCCAGGAAGAAACUCCAACACAGCCGUGGAGAACCCCAGCGUCAACGUCGGGAGUGUCUACCGGCCGGAACAGAGAGGUUUGCCAGACCUGGUUCCUGAUCCCAACUAUGUGCAGGCCUCCACGUACAUCCAGAGGGCUCACAUGUACUCUCUCCGCUGUGCUGCUGAGGAGAAAUGCUUGGCAAGCACUGCCUACAGCACUGAGACUACAGACUAUGACGUCAGAGUCCUGCUUCGCUUCCCACAGAGGGUUAAGAACCAGGGGACGGCUGACUUCAUGCCCAACCGACCUCGACACACCUGGGAGUGGCACAGCUGCCAUCAACACUACCACAGCAUGGAUGAGUUCAGCCACUAUGACCUGCUGGAGGUCACCACAGGAAGGAAGGUGGCUGAGGGACACAAGGCCAGCUUCUGUCUGGAGGACACCACCUGUGACUUUGGUCACCUGAAGCGUUAUGCCUGCACAUCUCACACUCAGGGUCUGAGUCCGGGCUGCUACGAUACGUACAACGCUGAUAUUGAUUGCCAGUGGAUCGAUAUAACAGACAUCCAACCUGGGAACUACAUACUAAAGCUCCAGGUCAACCCUAAGUACCUUAUCUUGGAGUCUGACUUCACCAACAAUGUGGUGAGGUGCAAUAUCCACUACACGGGACGCUUUGUCACAACAACCAACUGCAAGAUAUCUCAGUGA